UGAAGGUCGCGUCCGACGAGCCCCAGGGAACCAUCACCAUGGAGGCGCAGCAGCACGCGCUGCAGAAGAUCAGGAACCAGCUCAUGAAGGCUGUCGACAUCCGCAACGUGCGCGGCAUCUCCCAGUUCUUUGGAUUCGGCGAGGAGAAGCCCUUCAAUGUGCCUGGACGUGAGGUCCUGGCCUCCCGAUGCCGCAAGAACGCGCUGUUCUUUAGUGCCAAUUACGCCAUCUCCGCGGCGUUGGUCGGCGUCGUCACGAUCCUCCUGAACCCGUUCUUCCUGUUCGUACUCAUCUGCCUGGGCGGCUUUUGGAUCUACAUGUCGAGCGCGACGGCGAACGAGUCGCCGGAGAACCCGACCAAGAUCAUGGGACGCACGGUGACGCCCGACCAGCGCAAGCUGGGCAUGCUCGGAGUGAGCGCUGCUGUGAUUGUCGUGUUCGGAGGCUCCAUUCUGUUCACGAUUUGCUCGGCUAGCGGAGCACUCGCCAUUUCGCACGCGAUUCUGCGUGACUGCCCCUCUAUCUGCGAGGAAGAUGAGUUGGGUUUCUUGUCAAGCGAAGGAGACCAGAUCGCAGACACCGUUUAAGCAUGACCUGAACAUCAUGCUGAGGACAACUAUCUAGGUCUGCAUAGAUUGAUCGGAAAGGAGCUUGUCGGUGUUGCGUACGAUCACU